ACAGUCAGGUGCGACCCAGCAGGGGGAGUGGUGAGCUGGUCCGAGGGCAGUCCGAAUAUGUCCCUGGGUGUGGGGCAAUUUGGGUGGGAGCAGCGUGGAGGCUCCCAGGACCAAGUUCUGCGUCUCUUCGGCGGGGUGUGUGCAGGAGGAGCGGGGAUAAAUAGGAGGCUCCCUCCUCCCGGCGACAUUCACCGAGCCGGCGGGCCGCCCGCCCUGGGUGUUUCCCUGCCCUGUAGCCAGGGUGCCAGCCUGGGAACUAGUUUCGUUUCCUUCUGGCUCUGGGAUUAGUUUCCAGGCACCCUCUCUGGCGCCCGAGGCCCUGGAAGGGGUCGAAGAAGGAGGGAGACUUAUCUAGGGGCUGCUGGCCCCGCAGAGCGGGGUUGAUGGACCCGGCCGCCCCGGGUAGCGGCGCCAGCUCCCUGCCACUGCUCCUGGCCCUUGCCCUGGGUCUAGUGAUCCUCCACUGUGUGGUGGCAGAUGGGAAUUCCACCGGAAGUCCUGAAACUAAUGGCCUCCUCUGUGGAGAUCCCAAGGAAAACUGUGCAGCUACCACUACACAAUCAAAGCGGAAAGGCCACUUCUCUAGGUGUCCCAAGCAAUACAAGCAUUACUGCAUCAAAGGGAGAUGCCGCUUCGUGGUGGCCGAGCAGACGCCCUCCUGUGUCUGUGAUGAAGGCUACCUUGGAGCAAGGUGUGAAAGAGUUGACUUGUUUUACCUAAGAGGAGACAGAGGACAGAUUCUGGUGAUUUGUUUGAUAGCAGUUAUGGUAGUUUUUAUUAUUUUGGUUGUUGGUGUCUGCACGUGCUGUCAUCCUCUUCGAAAACAUCGUAAAAGAAAGAGGAAAGAAGAAGAAAUGGAAACUCUGGGUAAAGAUGUAACUCCUAUCAAUGAAGAUAUUGAAGAGACAAAUAUUGCUUAAUAGGCUAUGAAGUUACCUCCAGGCUGGUGGCAAGCUGCAAAAUGCCUUGCUAUUUGAAAAUGGACAGAAUGUGUCUCAGGAAAAUAACUAGUAGAUAUGAAUUUUAAAUAAUGUAUUUACUUUUUAUUUGCAACUUUAGUUUGUGUUGUUUAUUAUUGUUUUUAAAUAACAAAGGCAUUAAUUGUAUAUUGUCUAGUAAUUAGGGAAAAAAGCAAAUGGUUAGGUAGCAACAAUAGAAGGAAAAUUUCAAUAAACUUUCACGUAAGUAUUGUCACCAGGAUUACUAUUCAAACAAAACAGAAAAGUAGAAAGGAGGUUAGGUCUUAGGAAUUGAAUUAAUAAUAAAGCUACCAUUUACCCAGCAUUUACAAUGUGCUAAUAAGUUUGAAAUACAUUAUUUCAUUUAAUCCUUUUAGCAAUCCAUGAGAUAGAUAUUAUAAUCUCACUUCCUGCAUAUGAAAAUAGGGCCAAAGAAGUCAAGUCAAAUAAUCUAAUCCAGAUUUAGGGAGUUGGGGAUGGGUGGAGAUGGAAUAGAAAUCAAGAUUUAUCUAAAUCAAAAUCUGUGUUCUUAACCAUCAUUUUUGUUAAUCUGAAUUGGUGCAACCUAACUCAAAUACUGUAACCCAAGAUUUUAUACUGAACUGUGCUUUGCUGUGAUUGUGAGAUGUCAAGGCCACCUUCCUGCAGGCACACAGAAUGAGAAACCCUGGCCUAUAUUGCUGUUACCAUCAUGCUUUCUAUAGAAUUGACUUUUAUUAUGUUUCUUUGCUCCUUUAUCAAUUCUCAAUAAUGACUACAUUUUUACAUUAUUAAAGCAGACAGAUUGGCCCCAUAACUGGGGAAAUGAAUAGAGAUGGAAAAGUAAAUGCUUGGCAUUCUUUAAGCCCUGGGUGUUUAUGCUCAAUAAAAUAUAAAUAAUAUUACUGAAACAGGCUGUUUAUGCCAGAGUAAUGGUCAGUGACAACACUGGAAAGCCCAGGUAGGAACUGGUUGUGACCACAUCCUCAUCUGUGUUCUUCUUGAUGACAGCAUAUAUGAUUGCUCUCAGGUAAAUUUUGAUGUAGUGAAUUCAUGACCAUAACAUCUAUUACUCGGGACCAUCUUGGCAAGUUCUCCUUUACUCCAUGGUAUAUUUAAUAAACAGUGCUUUAAACCUGGAAAAGUAAAAUGUACAUUUAGUCAAUAUUUCAUAGAAUAUUAAACCUUUUGCAUUGAUUAGGUGGGUCACUUACAAAAAUCAAUGGAAGACGCCUCCCAAAUUGUGUCUGUCAGGCAAGCAGCUUCUUUUUUAGAGUCUUUACAAAUUUUACUUUGCAAUGUAGAUUCCAUAGUGAAGUGGAGAAUUCAGACAAAUGCUGAAAUUGUAUAUCUCUCUCUAGCAUCCAUGGUGUUUUGAGUAAAGCUGGGGUUGUACUUAUAUAUAAUACAGAAAUAGCUCCCCUAUCCGUAAGAGCUAAGCCAAGCAAUUGAUAAUUUUCAAAAUAUAUUUUUUCUCCUUGUUUAAUGAUCAUACUUGAAAUCCAGCUGAUCUACCUUGUAUGUGCCUUAUUUUCAAAAGUCUCAUUUAAUCUCAUUCAUGCCCUUUCUCUUCUGUAAUCUUUUUUGAUACUAAAAUGGCUUGGAAUAAAUAUCCAUUAGAGCCUUUAAAAACACAAAACAAUGCCCUGAAUGUUUCUUUUUUCCUGGACUGACGUUGGCUGACCAAGAAAAUCUCUCAAAUCAUUUUGUUCUGCUCCUAAAAUGUCAGUGGUGGUUCUCGAAAUUUGGUAGGUCUGAUAUCAAGAAAGAAUUUCAAAGAUUUUUAUAUCUUUUCAAAAUGUAUUUUAUAGUUGCUUUGCAUACACAAGAUGACUUUGUUUAUGUAAACUGUCAAUAUUAUCCUGUAAUAAAAUAAAUUUAUUUUUAAAACAAA